AUGAUCCAGCCUACUCAGGUAUUUCUUGACUUGCUAGUGGGAUACCCUGCAAGCAGCAGCACCACAGGAAAACCUUCUGAAGACGUAGAAAAUGUCGUUGGUCAGUCUGCUUCACCCACGGCUGCCUUGCUUCUCAAGGGCGUCACUGCCAAGGGAGACACGGCACUACACGCGGUUGCGAGCAACGGGGACAGCAAGAACUUCUUAGAGUGUGCUACUAUCAUCUGCAAAAGGGACGAAGACCUCCUGUUUGUGGCAAAUAAAAAGGGUGACACACCCUUGCAUUGUGUCACCAGAGCUGGUUACUUCCAAAUGCUCUCUUGCCUCGUUGAACUUGCUGAAAGUUGCAACAGGUUGCACGAGCUCUUGAGAAAGGAGAAUGUGCAUAAGGAAACAGCCUUGCACGAUGCUGUCCGCGUAGGAAAUGAGGAUAUUGUGGAUCAUCUAUUGAAGGCUGAUCCUGAGUUGGCUAAUCUCUACUUCUAA